GCGAGCGGCGGCCCGGCGGGGCCCGAUGAGCGGCGGCCUCGGCCUCCGGCGCAGCCCGGAAAUGUCCGGCAGGAUCGAGAAAGCAGACUCCCAGCGUUCUCACCUCUCUUCCUUCACCAUGAAGCUGAUGGACAAAUUCCACUCGCCCAAAAUCAAGAGAACGCCGUCCAAGAAGGGGAAGCCAGCCGAGGUGUCUGUGAAGAUCCCGGAGAAGCCUGUGAACAAGGAGGCAGCACACAGAUUUCUACCAGAGGGCUACCCUAACCCCUUGGAUCUGGAGCAGCAGGCAGUAGAAUUUAUGUCCACCAGUGCUGUGGCUUCCAGGUCUCAGAGGCAGAAGAAUCUGAGCUGGCUGGAGGAGAAGGAGAAGGAGGUUGUCAGUGCCUUGCGCUACUUUAAGACCAUUGUGGACAAAAUGGCCAUUGACAAGAAGGUGCUGGAGAUGCUUCCGGGGUCGGCCAGCAAGGUGCUGGAGGCCAUCCUACCCCUGGUGCAGAGCGACCCGCGCAUUCAGCACAGCUCAGCCCUCUCCUCCUGCUAUAGCCGAGUAUACCAAAGUCUCGCCAACCUCAUUCGCUGGUCUGACCAAGUGAUGCUGGAAGGCGUGAACUCAGAAGAUAAAGAGAUGGUGACGACCGUGAAGGGGGUCAUCAAGGCUGUGCUGGACGGAGUGAAGGAGCUGGUCAGACUGACCGUCGAGAAGCAGGGGCGGCCGUCUCCAACAAGCCCAGUGAAGGCCAGCUCCCCCGCCGGCAGACCUGACGGCCAGUCCGAGCUGCCCCUGACAGACCGAGAGAUGGAGAUUCUGAGCAAGACGAGCGGGGUGCCGCAGCCAGCGGGGCUGCUCCCGGACACCGCAGACGAAGAGGUCGCGCCCCCCAAGCCCCCCUUACCCGGCAUUCGGGUGGUUGAUAGUCCACCAGCGUUGCCGCCCAAGAAAAGACAGUCGGCUCCGUCCCCAACCCGCGUGGCUGUGGUCGCCCCCAUGAGUCGAGCCACCAGCGGCUCCAGUUUGCCUGUUGGAAUAAAUAGGCAGGAUUUCGACGUUGACUGUUACGCACAGAGGCGGCUUUCGGGCGGCAGCCACUCCUACGGCGGGGAGUCGCCCCGCCUCUCCCCCUGCAGCAGCAUCGGCAAGCUCAGCAAGUCGGAUGAGCAGCUGUCGUCCCUGGACAGGGACAGCGGGCAGUGCUCCCGGAACACAAGCUGUGAAACACUAGAUCAUUACGAUCCCGACUAUGAAUUCCUCCAGCAGGACCUCUCCAACGCAGACCAGAUACCUCAGCAAGUGGCCUGUAACCUUAGCCCGUUGCCGGAGUCCUUGGGGGAGUCUGGGUCUCCGUUUCUUGGCCGUCCAUUCCAGCUGCCUCUUGGCAGCUGUCCGCAGACGGAGGGGCAGCCGAGCGACACGCCGCCCGCCCUCCCCGAGAAGAAGCGCCGGAGCGCGGCCUCCCAGACCACGGACAGCUCCGGCUGCAGGGUGUCCUACGAGCGGCACCCCUCGCAGUACGACAACCUCUCCGAGGCCGACCUGCAGAACCCGGCCCCGGGCCAGCCCGCCCCCUACACGCCCUUCGCUGCUGUCCUCCCCUUUCAGCCAGGAGCGGCCUCAGCCCCUGUGGAAUUUGUGGGUGAUUUCACUGCUCCUGGAUCCACGGGCGACCCAGAAAAGCCGCCGCCUCUGCCAGAGAAGAAAAACAAACACAUGCUGGCCUACAUGCAGCUGCUGGAGGACUACUCCGAGCCGCAGCCCUCCGUGUUCUACCAGACGCCGCAGAACGAGCACAUCUACCAGCAGAAGAACAGGCUGCUCAUGGAGGUGUGCGGCUUCAGCGACCCCUUCAGUGCGGCCGGCGACUCGCUGCAGGAGCUGGCCCCGCCGCCCGCCCUGCCCCCCAAGCAGCGGCAGCUGGCCUCCUAUGCUGCUUCUUCCUUCUCUGUCUCCUACUGUAUCCAGCAAUCCCAAGUGGCCUUCGCCCCCGAGGACAGCAGUGCCACUCAGGGCCUCAGUGUGUCGGUCUCUAACUGCUUUCUCAGCCGGCACGGCAGCUUGCCUGUGCCCUCGUACAAAUCUGUGUUUAGGUCCUACUCCCAGGACUUCGUGCCUCACCACCAAGCUUCCGUUCAGCCUUUCCUUCCGCCUACCUCCUCUUCCUCUCCACAUUUCCCACCUGUCCACCAGUCUCAGAGCUCGGACUUAGCGGUGCCACCCGUGGCCAGUCCGCCUCCCAGCACCGUGGACGGCCCUCUCUCAUCUUCCCAGGAGAGCAGCUUCCAUGGGAACACUGUCUGCCUUCCUCCUGAAACCUCUUUCACUGACUCGGAGUCGCCAGCUGGGAAAGACGCCCAUUCCAGGGAUCCCGCGCUGGGCGGAGGCACGCCUGGCAAGGAGAGCCGAGACGGCGGCGAGAGGGCCUCCCAGUCACCAGACGGUCUAGAAGCGGCCCAGUCGGAGGACGAGGUAGAUGAGCUGUCCCUCAUCGACCACAACGAAAUUAUGGCCAGGCUAACACUCAAGCAGGAGGGUGACGACGGCCCAGACGUCCGUGGAGGAUCUGGGGACAUCUUGUUGGUCCACGCCACCGAGACAGACAGGAAAGACCUGGUGCUGUACUGCGAAGCCUUCCUGACCACCUACAGGACCUUCAUCAGCCCCGAGGAGCUCAUCAAGAAGCUGCAGUACCGAUACGAGAAGUUCUCUCCCUUCGCCGACACAUUCAAGAAGCGCGUGAGCAAGAAUACGUUCUUCGUGCUGGUGCGAGUGGUGGAUGAGCUCUGCCUGGUGGAGCUGACAGAGGAGAUCCUGAAGCUCCUCAUGGAGCUGGUCUUCCGCCUGGUGUGCAGUGGGGAGCUCAGCCUGGCCCGAGUGCUCCGGAAGAACAUUCUGGACAAGGUGGACCAGAAGAAGCUGCUCAGGUGUGCCAACUCCGACCAGCCCCUGGCAGCCAGGGGCGUCGCGGCCAGGCCAGGGACACUGCACGACUUCCACAGCCAUGAAAUAGCCGAGCAGCUCACGCUGCUGGACGCCGAGCUCUUCUACAAAAUAGAGAUUCCUGAGGUCUUGCUCUGGGCCAAAGAGCAGAACGAGGAGAAGAGCCCCAACCUGACGCAGUUCACGGAGCACUUCAACAACAUGUCCUACUGGGUGCGGUCGAUCAUCAUGCUGCAGGAGAAGGCCCAGGACAGGGAGCGGCUGCUCCUGAAGUUCAUCAAGAUCAUGAAGCACCUGCGGAAGCUGAACAACUUCAACUCCUACCUGGCCAUCCUCUCCGCGCUGGACUCGGCACCCAUCCGCAGGCUGGAGUGGCAGAAGCAGACGUCCGAGGGCCUGGCUGAGUACUGCACGUUGAUCGACAGCUCGUCCUCCUUCCGAGCCUACCGGGCCGCCCUCUCGGAGGUGGAGCCCCCCUGCAUCCCCUACCUGGGGCUGAUUCUGCAGGACCUGACCUUCGUCCACCUGGGGAACCCAGACCACAUCGACGGCAAGGUCAACUUCUCCAAGCGCUGGCAGCAGUUCAACAUCCUGGACAGCAUGCGGCGCUUCCAGCAGGCGCAUUACGACAUCCGGAGAAAUGACGACAUCAUAAAUUUCUUCAACGACUUCAGUGAUCACCUGGCCGAGGAGGCCCUAUGGGAACUCUCUCUGAAAAUUAAACCCAGGAACCUCACGCGGAGGAAGACAGACCGGGAGGAGAAGACCUAGGGCAGGCACCGGGAGCCAGCAGAGCCCAGAGGACCUCGCACCUGCAGGCCCAGAGCCACAGGCCUGGCCAGACCUCGGCCGGGCGGGGCCGGAGCUUCCUGCCUCCCCGGGGCGGAGCCAGCAGGCGGGUGCGGUGCUGACAUGGGAGCGUGGGCCCCUGACUUGGUUGUUUUUUUUUUGCUUUCACUUCUUCCCCCCUUGCCCUCCCGCCCUCUGCCCCGUGGCCUGGGAGCAGCGCUGAGUCGGUGUCCACAGACCGGGAACGGCCCAUUCCCCCCCCCCCAAGCCCAGGGGUCCCCAAGUGGCAAGUGAGGAAGGCCCGGGGAGCUCAGGGCGGGCCGCACACCGCUGCUCCGGAGGUUAGGACGGGCAGAGUCAGGGCAGCCUGCAGCCGGCCCCGCAUCCCGGGCUCCCUGUGGCACUGGGG